UGCAACCGGCAUGGAUGGGGUCUAUCUGCUCAAUCCAACGGUGUCUUCGAUCGCACCGUUUCCGGCCUAUUGCGAGAACAACGUCGAAGGUGGCGGUUGGACCGUAAUUCAUCGACGAUUCAAUGGUGACCUGUCCUUCAACAGAUCCUGGGCCGAUUUCAAAAACGGUUUCGGAGAUUUGCAGGGCCAGUUUUGGUUGGGUUUGGAAAAGAUGCAUCAGAUCACGAGGUUUUUCGACCACGAACUGCUGGUGCUUACCACGCUUAAAGAUGGGUCCUCACGGUCGGCUCGAUUUAGCCGUUUUGCUGUGGGCAGUGAGCUUAACCUGUAUCGGCUUCUGGUUGGACAAUUUGUUGCGGGGUACUCUGCGUAUCGUGAUUUUACAGAACACAAUGGAAUGACGUUCUCAACCUUUGACAAAGGUGGAAAGGGUCAUUAUUGUGCCGCAGAGGUGGGUGUAGGAUGGUGGUACGAUAACUGCUACUACGAGGUAAAUGAUUUUGAAAUGGACCUAGUCGAAUUCUGAUCUUGAAUGGACCUAUUUUUAAAUAAGAAUUUUAGGAUAUAAUUAUCAAGUCUUUGUACUGUAUUUAGCUUUUAUGUUUAUCUUUAAUCAUUUCUGAACGUAAAUAUAUUAAAAUUAAAUUAAAAUUAUAGCCAAAACCACUUUAUUGCCGCUUAUUUAAAAGUAGCUGUUUUUCAGCGUUUUGGCAGUCACCAUAGAGUAUUUUCAAACUGUUACUACC